AUGCAUCCCGACCAAGCCACGGACGCGGCGGUCGAUUUCGCCCUCGAGCGCAAUCUUCCCUUCGCCGUCGUUCCGUGUUGCGUGUACGCGAAAGAGUUCGGCAAACGCCGGCUCGCCGACGGCUCCCGCGUCACCACGCACGCGCACUUGGUCGACCAUCUCGUGCAGAAAGCCGGUCUGACCGACGUGCGCGUCGCCGAGCUUCCCUUUCCCGGGAAAAACGUGGUCGUCUACGGCACGGGUCGACGCGCGUCGACGUGCGUCGCCGUCCAGACGCCGCAGCGCGGAGGCGUAGGAGAAUAG